AUGAAUACUUCUGUGAGCUUGAGAAAUCCAAUGUUUCUUUUGAGAGAACCAACCGAAACAAUCAGCGGCAACAAAUUACCAACUAACAAACAAGUACUACAAUUGUUAUUUUAUCAAACAAGAGAAGCAAAAAAAACACUUACAGCAAGUUAUCAAUUUGUUAUUGGAGAAGUUACUAAAUUUUGGUCUAGAGCUGGAAUUAAAAUACAAAAUGUUUCAAGAUGUGUAAAAAAAGUCGAAAAACUGUAUUAUAAGUAUAGAAACUUACAAAAAAAUCCAAAUCCAACAGUAGAACGCGAGUUUUCUGAGUUUCUUGAAACAUUAUUUGACAUCGCACACGGAAACGUUCAAGAUAUAGCUGAUAGUGAAGCGUUAAAGUUUUUAUUUGACCAAAAAACAGAUAGAAAAUAUCAUUUACGCGUGUGCAAAGAAAUUGGUAAUACUCGUCAGUUAUUAGAAAAACCGAUAUUCGAGCAAGAUCAUACCAAUACGACUCAAACGUCAGAUGAAAAUAUAUCCGGAAACGAUAAUAAUGUUAAUUUGAUAACCGAUGAUGAAUAUCGUUCAAAUUCAGAUGUGACUUUACCAUCAAGCUCUAAAAGUACUAGCGAGCCGCCUUUGAGUGGUGAGCAAGCUUUAAGUGGUAAGACAACUACAACUACUUCGCACCAAAGCACGCUGUCAAUGUUUGAAGUUCAAGGACGAAAUUAUGAAGCUAAAAAUGAGAGAGGAACUAUUAAUAUUUUUACUGAAGACGUUGUGGCUGCCUUAGAUAGUUGCAAUAUUUCUUAUAGAAAUUCUGUUCGACUAAUAUCAGUUAUAUCAGAAGCCCUGGGAGUUAAUACUAGUGCUUUAAUUUUGAACAAAACGUCAUUCAAUGAAUACCGAUCGAAAUUUAGAAAAGAAGCUGCUGAAUGAAUAAAACGAGAAUUUGGCGAGAUUGAAGUUGGUCCGACGGUAGUGCAUUGGGAUGGAAAGUUGAUACAUGAUGGUUUUUCUUGCAAAAAGGUCGAUCGAGUACCAAUCAUAGUUAGAAGUAAUACCAUAGAAAAAAUAUUAAGCGUACCAGCGUUACCAGAUGGGAAAGGAAUUACACAGGCACAAGCAAUUUUCAAUGUGGUUCAAGAAUGGGGAUUAACUGAUAAUAUCAAAGCUGUUUGUUGUGAUACAACUCCCUCAAAUCUGGGAAGUCGAAGUGGAGCGGCGAUUAUUUUGGAGCAAAUGUUACAAACGGAACUUUUGUACUUACCUUGCAGACAUCACAUUUACGAGCUAGUUUUGAAUUGUGUUUUUAUUACGAAAAUACCAGGUACUGAUGGGCCAAACGUUCCAUUGUUUAAGAAGUUCCAGGAAAAUUGGAGUACUCUCGAUAAAACCAAAUAUAAGAAUUUCUUAGCAGGAAAUAAAAUUCCUCAGAAAUUAUUAAAGAAGGUUAAAGAAACAAAUGCUAAAGUUCAAGAGUUUUUGUGCUCAAUCUUACCUCGAGAUGACUACAAAGAGCUCUUAGAAUUAUGUCAAAUUUUCCUUGGCACAAUGGAUGUUGAAAA